CAUCGCACGCGGGUCAACAGUGCUAAGCCGGGACGCGCGCCGCCUCGUGCAUUCUCUAUUUAUAUCGACGGCAUCCCCUCUGCCCCCUCGGUACACGCAUGCGCAAUGCAGACUUGAAAACACCGAAAGUGAAAAUUGCACAUCACGUUUAUAAUUACAAAACGCUAUUUAGAAUAAUACUACAUGGUAAACGCAAGUUAGUAGCGAGUGAGAUUGGCAUCAGCCGGCAUUCUGUCGCAGGAUGGCCGAUGGCCGUCCGGCACUCGGCAUUGCGGUAAUCCUGCGGCAUACAUCAGCUGAGCCGGCCGGGGGCGCGUGCUUGUGACGACGUUUGCCAGAGCCGGCGCAAUGGCGUCCACCAUGCAGCUGGAGUUCACGCAGGCCAUGACCGACUUCAAGACCAUGUUCCCCGACAUGGACGACGACGUGAUCGAGGCGGUCCUGCGAGCAAACCAGGGGGCGGUGGACGCGACCAUCGAUCAGCUGCUCGCGAUGAGCACUGACAACCAGAAUGAACGGCUGAGACUCGAGAUGGAAAGAGUAGAAAACUGUACACCUUCAAGAAGCAAAAAUAGGAAAUCAAAAACAGAAAAUGGUGAAGACAGUGAUACUGCUGCACUUGUAGAUGUAGAUGACGAUUCCAUUCCACUUGCGGUCCGGAGAAAAUGGGUGCCACGUAUGUUGGGACCUCUACCGCCUAUGUUCCUGCGGAUCCCCCCUAACACGGACGCCAGAAUUGACCUCAGUCUAGACAUGGACGACGACAAAAUAGCCACCUUCCUUCAGAACGAGGAGUUCAUGGCGGAACUUAGGUGGAACCAGGAGUUUAUGGCAGCAUUGGACAGCGAACAAGGACAGAAAACCAAAUGCCAUGAUGACGAAGCUGCCUUUAAGGAAAGGCUGAAAAAUAUGGGCAAAAUGUCCCGAAAAAAGUUUGCCCAACUUUCUCGGAUGUUUUCCCGUGGGGGGUCUCGGAAGAGCGCCACCCGCGCCCCUCCGCGCGGCCCCCCCGACAGCCUGCUGCUACAAGAGGAGCACAGUGACGAGGAGGACCGGCCCCACCAACAUUCCAACGUAUAACGACGUCGUGCUUCGCGCAAUGAACUUAUGAUGAAAAAAAACCUGGUUGCCAAAGCGAGAAUUGAUUCUGAUCUCCAAAAUCAUUGGGAGGCAUGGGAGGCCAAUGUAUUUAUUAAGCGAUUGCGAGAGCCUUAGCUGAAGGCCUUAUAGGAAGUAUCACAAGGUUCCGAUAAGACUGGGGUUGUUUAAAAUGGAUAGGUAUGAUUUUGAACACACAGAUGUUCCUAAUCGCAUGGAUCGGAAAGCAAGGCUGACAAAGAUUUGUAUAAUAUAAAUGUGUAAGUCUAUUUUAGAUAUGUAAAUACCUAAACUGGUUGUUUCAAUGAAUAGACGUUCGUUUUAAAGACAAAUUUAGAUACCGUUAGCUUAUUAGUUAUCUCGCCCGACUGAUCCCGCAAACUGUAGUACGAAUUGCAACUUAGAGUGAUAUGCACCAUUAUCCCCCGGAAACGCACGCCCAUCAAAUUAGGUUCCAUUUGCACAUAGACCAUUCCAGAUGAUGUAACCACAAACCGCGAUUCUAUCUAUCCUGAAUUUCUGGUAUAUGUAUGACCUUUCGAAAUUUAUUACUUACGAGACUUAUGUUUAAAUUAACUUAAAUAAUAGGAUUUAGGGGGCCUUUUGCUUAAAACUUCCUUGAUUCUAUUGAAAUAUUAAAUGAAUACUAAUAAAACUCUUGUUAUUUCUUGAAAACUUUUUUGAAACUGUAGUAUCUGUAGACUGUCCGACUGUUCAGUAGUAUAUUUGGUUCCUUUCUUAGCUAAUCUCGAAUUAAGAAAAUAAUUUAUUUAUAUAACUAUUAUAUAAUAAAUUUAUUGUUGUAGGUCGA